AUGGGCGCUAUCACGAGGCGGCAUGACCAUAGCAGCAGCAGUGGAGGCGGUGGGAUGAGCGGAAUGGGAGGAAUGGGCGGCAUGGGAGGCAUGGCGGGCACCAACAUGUUCCAGUCGACCAAUAUUGCUCUCGCCGAAACCUACUGGUACAUCAUCGUAGGUGUUCUCGCCUUGAUGGUAGCCAUCCGCCUGGUCAAUUACUACGACUUCCGGCAACGGUUGCGAAAUCGAGCUUCUACGUCGACCAAUUCGCCGACCAAGCCCGCCAACGGCUUCCUACAGGCAUGGGCUACCCUCACCGCAGUCGGUCGCGAGAUGAGCUAUCCUCAGCUCUACGUCCCGGCUAGGUUCUUUUCGUGGGCGACUCCUCCACCGCUCGGUCGCAUCCUUGUCCUCUUGAUCUACUGGGCCGUCAUCAUCGGCAUGAUGACCACCAAUGCCAUCAUCAAGGAUGGCCUCUUCUGGGAACGCAUCGGCUUUCGCAACGCCUGGGUCACCGUCACCCAACUACCUCUUCUCUACCUUCUUGCCUCCAAGUCGUCUGUCCUGUCCUUCAUAUCUGGGAUCUCGUACGAGAGGCUCAAUUGGAUGCAUCGAUGGGUCGCGCGCACCAUGUUUGUCACAGCCUCCGUUCAUGGCUGGCACUUUUGGAACGAAUACGCCAUUGCCGGCCUUACCCAAGAUCUUUUGGAGAUAAUGCCCAUGGUCUACUACGGCAUCGCCGCCUGGACCUUGUUGCUGUGGUCGUGCAUCAGCACGUUCGCCCCUCUCAGGCAAUGGUGCUACGAGCUCUUUGUCAUCCAGCACAUCCUCACUGCCGUCAUAUUCUUGUGGGUUAUCUACGUCCACAUCCCUAGUUAUGCCAGGUACAACCUUUGGUUCGCCAUUGCUGCCCUGUGCUUUGAUCGCUUCUGUCGUACCUUCAUGCUCGUCUGGCAGAACAUCAAGUUCCGGCCCAACAAGGCAAGAUGCAAAGGUGGUCAGCGCAUCGGUCACCAAGCCCAAGUUUCCACCAUCGGCGACUCCACCACCGCCAUUACUAUCAAGGAUGUGCACUUUCGCUGGCGGCCUGGCCAGCAUCUUUAUCUCUGGAUGCCCAGAGUCGGCCCGGUCGAGGCUCACCCUUACACCAUCGCAUGUGCCCAUCAACUGCCAGAUACCUGUAUUUGCAAUAGCAUCCAGCUCAUUGUCCGGAAACACGAUGGCUUCUCUAAGAGGCUGCACAAGUUCGCAUCGGAGACACAGGGGUCUGAGAAGAAGAGGACGUGCACCGUCUUUGUCCACGGCCCCUAUGGUAAUCCCCCGAGAUGGGACGUCUACGAGACAUUGAUCCUCAUAUCGGCGUCGACGGGAACUUCUUUUACCCUGCCCAUUCUCGAGAGUGUCCUGCAGGCGAAGAGGGCCAUCUGCACCAAGCGUAUCGACUUUCUCCUCGCUGCCAAGAAGGGUGACGAGAUUGACUAUUACAUCGAGCGUCUCCACGAGGCCAUAGGCAAGGCCAGGGACCUAGGCAUCGAGCUUCGCGUCCAUGUCGCUGUCACAGGCACGCCUUCUACCCGCACCCGCAACAGGUCACCGGAUUCAUUCUCGGAGAAAGAAGGACUCCGCUCACAGACUAUCGGAGCGACGAGCAGCACCUGUGCAAUGAUGGAGAGCGGCAAGUGUUGCGCAUCGAGCUCGGUGGAUAUUGAGACGUCUGUAGACGAACGCAGCCCCAAGCCGCGCGGCGGCAGCAGCGCCAGCGUGGACUCCCACGUGCACCACUCAUCGACGAGACCCGACAUCAGGUCCUUCAUCCGAAGCGCAGUCGAGGAGACUGGCGGCGAGACCUCGGUGGUUGUCUGUGGCGGCAAGUCUCUGGUUGCCGGCGCGAGAAACUGCGUGGCUCAAUUAUCAGACGAAAGAGCAGUACACAAGGGGACCGGGGCCCAGGGAAUUCAUCUGCAUGUUGAAGAGUACUGCUUCUAG